AUGAGAAGAUUACACGUAGGAGCUGUGUUAUCAUUUCUCAUUAUCGUCUUGCACGAUGUUCCGUAUUCAGGAUUUAUUGUUGUCAAGGCGAUUAACUACAAUAAUCCAAGACUUUUCAAGAUCGGCGGUGUUCUCUCCAACACUAACAGUACAACACACUUCGAAAAAACAAUUGACAAUCUCAAUUUCGAUUUUCAAUACGUUAAUAAAGGGGUGACAUUCAAGCACACGGUGAUUGAGAUGGACUCGAAUCCAAUCAGGACCGCAUUGAGCGUUUGCAAAUCUUUGAUAGCCGAACAAGUCUAUGGUGUAAUAGUGUCACAUCCGCUUACCGGUGAUUUAUCACCUGCCGCGGUUUCCUAUACCAGUGGCUUUUAUCAUAUACCCGUGAUUGGCAUAUCAUCCAGGGAUUCCGCCUUCUCGGAUAAAAAUAUCCACGUCUCAUUUUUGCGUACCGUACCACCCUAUUCGCAUCAGGCGGACGUCUGGGUGGAAUUGCUGAAGCACUUCAAUUACAUGAAGAUCAUCUUUAUCCACAGCUCCGACACAGACGGCCGUGCACUCCUCGGACGUUUUCAGACAACGUCGCAGAAUUUGGAGGCUGAUGUAGAAGUCAAAGUGCACGUUGAAUUAGUUAUUGAAUUCGAACCGGGAUUAACUAAUUUCAUAGACCAACUAAUGGACAUGAAAAGCGCACAGGCGAGAGUCUGCCUUAUGUAUGCUUCGAGAUCGGAUGCAAGAGUGAUCUUCAGAGACGCUGCGACUCUCAACAUGACUGGCGCCGGUUACGUAUGGAUCGUUACUGAGCAGGCAUUGGAAGCACCAAAUGUGCCGGAAGGUUUACUGGGGCUGAAGUUGAUUAAUGCCACCGACGAAAACUCGCAUAUCACUGAUAGCCUAUUAGUACUCGUAUCCGCAUUGCGAACGAUGAAUGCAACGGAGAAGAUCACUGAGGCGCCAAAAGACUGCAGCGAUUCUGGCUCUAUAUGGGAAACUGGCAAAAGUCUCUUUCAGUACAUUCGCAAGCAGGUGCUACCAAACGGUCGUACGGGUAGAGUAGCAUUCGACGAUAAUGGCGAUCGCAUAUAUGCCGAAUAUGAUAUAAUUAAUAUCCAGUAUGCAGGUCCCAAUAACAAGACGCACGUUUCUGUUGGCCAGUAUUUUUACCCUGCAAACGGUACGAAGAUGAAGUUGCGAUUGAACGAAUCCAAUAUUAUAUGGCCGGGCCGGCCUAAAGUCAAACCCGAGGGUUUUAUACUACCGACGCACUUAAAAGUACUCACGAUCGAGGAGAAACCAUUCGUUUAUGUUCGCGAAUUGACGGAUAGUGAAGCCAAGUGUUUGCCUGAUGAAAUUGCGUGCCCCCACUUCAACACGACAGAAAGAGAUAAUACUCAAACAUUCUGUUGCAAAGGAUAUUGCAUGGAUCUGUUGAAGGAACUGUCGAAAACAGUGAAUUUUACAUAUAACGUCACUUUGUCACCUGACGGUCAAUUCGGUAGUUAUGUAAUCAAAAACAGUUCAGUCGGAGGAAAGAAAGAAUGGACUGGUCUUAUUGGCGAGAUAGUAAACGAACGGGCUGACAUGAUCGUCGCGCCAUUAACAAUCAAUCCUGAACGUGCCGAGUUCAUCGAAUUUAGCAAGCCAUUUAAAUAUCAGGGCAUCACUAUCCUUGAGAAAAAGCCUUCAAGAUCGUCUACUCUGGUUUCCUUUUUACAACCGUUCAGCAAUACUCUUUGGAUUCUGGUAAUGGUAUCAGUACAUGUAGUGGCUCUGGUUCUAUAUCUGUUGGAUCGAUUUUCACCCUUCGGUAGAUUUAAACUAGCCAACACUGAUGGCACCGAGGAAGACGCUCUCAACUUAUCCAGUGCUAUCUGGUUUGCUUGGGGUGUAUUACUAAACAGUGGCAUUGGAGAAGGCACCCCGCGGAGUUUUUCUGCGCGCGUUCUAGGAAUGGUAUGGGCUGGAUUCGCUAUGAUUAUUGUCGCAUCAUAUACUGCCAACUUGGCUGCAUUCCUCGUUUUGGAGCGACCUAAGACCAAACUCACUGGUAUCAAUGAUGCUCGACUCCGAAACACAAUGGAGAACUUGACGUGUGCAACGGUAAAAGGAUCUGCCGUGGAUAUGUAUUUUAGACGGCAAGUAGAAUUGUCCAAUAUGUAUCGCACGAUGGAGGCGAAUAAUUAUGACACUGCUGAAGAUGCGAUACGCGAUAUUAAAAUUGGAAAAUUAAUGGCCUUCAUCUGGGAUAGUUCACGAUUGGAAUUUGAAGCGGCUCAAGAUUGCGAAUUGGUAACAGCUGGAGAAUUAUUCGGACGUUCCGGUUACGGGAUCGGUUUGCAAAAAGGUUCACCUUGGGCAGAUGCCGUUACGUUGGCGAUCUUAGAUUUCCAUGAAAGUGGUUUUAUGGAGAGUCUCGAUAAUAAAUGGAUCUUACAAGGUAACGUGCAACAAUGCGAGCAAUUUGAAAAAACACCGAACACUCUUGGCCUGGAGAAUAUGGCAGGGGUGUUUAUUGUCGUCGGUGUCGGUAUUGGUGGUGGUGUCGGUCUAAUUAUAAUUGAAAUGGCUUACAAGAAACACCAAAUACGUAAGCAGAGGAAGAUGGAAUUAGCGAGACAUGCGGCUGAUAAAUGGCGAGGGAUGAUUGAGAAACGGAAGACUUUGCGAGCAUCGAUAGUCACGCAACGAAGAAUACAGAGUAACGGUUUGAACGAUCCUGCGACAGUGAGCUUGGCAGUGGACACCGUCGCUAGAUCAAACGUAGGACCACGCAGCCCAGGUCGUGCUUGGCCUGGUGAUAGUGAUUUGAGACAACGGCCGUUGUCUCGCUCCGAUGAUAUCCGAUUGUCGCCCGCCGCCUAUACCGCUGACGUGUCGCAUCUUAUUGUCUAAUCUUACAUUAAAUUGUAGUUCCUUACCAAGUAAGAAGGACUGUGUCAGUCGCUUCUAGUCAUUACAACGAUCAUCUUGCUCUUCCUCACACAUAGCAAAAUAUGAUACCAAAGUUAUGCGGUGGAUAUCCGUAACAAUAUCCGAUAUAAUCAACGGAUUAUAUUUAUGUGUGUAUAAUAAAAUUGUUUCUUCCUUAGAUAUUUAUAGAAGAUCGCGAUGGAAUAUCGUAAAAAUAUCUUAAAAAUAUAUUUGUUAAUCGUUGUAUAUGGAGAUUAUAAAUAAACGAGUUUUAAGUAACUUUUUAGAAAAACCAAAUAUAUAAUUGAAGAUAUCA